UUUCAAACACUGACGUUACACUGCUACACCCAACGAAGAAGGAGGUUUUCAGCGUAAAAUAUCUAUUUAACAGCUUCCAUUCAACAUUUUUUUCCAUGGAAGAAGACCGUACACACAUUUCCUGGGAAAUCUCAACUGUUGCUUGAGGCGGACGUCAGUUCAAGAGUAUAAGACUCCCCUGCCCUCACAGACAAACAGUGAAAUUCUCUUUGGUCUAUGUAGGAGUACUACUCUGUUGGCUGGUGCUGAUGGAGUUCCCAGGGCACAGUCAGCAGCUCCUGGCGAGCCUGCGCUCCCAGCAGCAGCAAGGCUUCCUGUGUGACUGUCUAGUGCAGGUGGGUCCUUUGCGCUUCCAAGCCCACCGUGCCGUACUGGCCUCCUGCUCCCCGUUCUUCCACAUGUUCUACUCUGAACACCCACUGGGCACCAGUGCCAGCUCCUCAGGGCCCCGUAGGGAAACGGUGGUCACCAUCAACGGGCAGAUCGUUACCCCGGCAGCCUUUGGGCUGCUGCUGGACUUCAUGUAUGAGGGGGUGCUGAAGCUUGCCACCCAUCCGCCCCCGGAGGAUGUGCUGGCGGCAGCCAGCUUCCUGCACAUGAACGACGUGGUGCAGGUGUGCAAGAAGAGACUGCAGGGCCGUGGCCUGGCUGAAGCGGACAGCACCAGGGCUGAGGAAGUGGACCCCAAGGCUGCGUUUGGAGGACCUGCCAGCGUAGUCACUGUCAGCUCCAGGGGGACUGUCGCCAGUGUGGGGACUAGUGGAAGUAGGGCACAGGAUGGUUCGCCCGGAGGGUCUGCCAAGGUAGUAGCAGUUACAAUGUCUGGACAAACGUCGGUGAGGUCGCCUUUCCACCAGUUUUCCUCUUUAAAGGCCGACACUCGGACAGUUAAUGUUCACAAUAUUCAGGACGACAGCAGCAGUGGGGCGGGUAGUCCAGAUUUAGCGGACACUACCCAGCCAGGCAUGGACUCUUUCCCUGCAAUAGGGGAAUCUGGUGCAGUCUCAGGCAGAAGGAAAGUACCAGUACGGACAGGAAAUCAGGAGUCCGCUCUCUCUAGUCCCUGCAGCACCACUGAAAUAUACUGCGGAACCAACAGUAACCUGUCCUCCUCGUCGCUGCAGCAAUCUCAUCAACCUCUCAACACCACAGAGAACCAGUCCAUGGGGUCAGCGGUGGUCAUUGUGGCUCAUGCCGGAGAUGGCGGCAGACUCAGCCCUGUGCAAGACGGACACUCGGAGAGCAGCUCCGGUUCAGCACGACGCUCGAGCCAGGGAGCUCCAGCCCUCGCUGCGCCUCCCCUGAAGAGUCCAGGCCUGGGCAACGCCACGUCCCCUCCUCACCGCACGCAGGCUCGGACGGAAACGGAGCCCAGGCAGGGUUUCGUGAGGGUGAGGGUGGGCAGUGCAAGCAACCGUCCUUCAUCUCCGUCUCCAGAGAGGCAAAGGGAAUCUGAAGAGGACGGGGUGAAGGUGAAGGUGGAGGCCAUCGUGAUCUCAGACGAAGAGUUAGAGGAAGCGGAAGGGAGGCGUGAGCUGAGCGGCACCGGAGCUCCGGAACUGUCCAGGGAGGCCAUGCACUUUGACGACAGCAAUCCUGACAUGGAGGAGUUGGCCGGGACUCACUUCAUGGUCUCCAAUCCUCUGGCGCACAUCUCUGAGCACCAGGAGCCUCUCUCCUUCCCCAUGUCGCCGCAGGGUCAUAGCGCUUCCUCCUCAGACCCUGCGAGUUUUCCCGGUUCUCUCUUCCCAUCUGGGUCCCAUCAGUCUGAGCACCAGGGUGUCUACUUCGAGGAAUUCCAAGACUCCCUCGGGAAUUAUGUGGAGGACGUGCCAACGUGCAGUACGUGUGGAAAGACCUUCUCCUGUGCGUACACGCUGCGGAGGCACGCUAUCGUCCACACGCGAGAGCGGCCCUUUGAGUGUCGCUACUGCUAUCGUAGUUAUACACAGUCGGGCGAUUUGUACCGGCAUAUCAGAAAGGCGCAUGAUCAUGAUUUGCCAGCGAAACGCCAGAGGGGGGAGAACGACCCUGGGGGAGAUGAUCUGACUCAGCCCCCACCGCAGACGUAACGUCUACCAAAUCACUGUACAGCUGUCCACAAGACAUAGACGCAACGGAUCCCUUAAUGUUCAUGUGUGUCUGUUUUAUCUUCAGAUAAGUCAAACUGGUAUCAUGGUGUCACAAAGCAGUCUUGCUCACAUCAACAAUAGGUGUAUUUUUAGUGUAUUUGACUCAAUUUUAAACAAUGACCUGUAAGUGGAGAAUCAAGAGAGAGAAGGUCAACUGAAAACAGAAUUAUGAUGAAUUAAAGAGAGAAAAACUAGGAUGUGUAUGGAGAAUUUUAGGAUUUCGAAUUUUAAUGGCUGCUUACGUUCAUAGUGUGAUUUAAUGGGACGGUGUUCAGGUAAUUUUGGUCUUGCAACUUGUGUGUUUGCUGUGUGUGUCCACCACCAAAUACACUAGCAAGACUAAAAUAUCUGGCUUACAGCAAGGAGUUAUUGUGUUCAAAGGGGAGUACUGCAGAGUAACGUGUGUAUACUUUUAAUAAUGCCUAUAGGAAUGUGUCAUCACCAUUUCUCUUUUAAAACAUUUCUAGUCAACUCUGUGAAAACCGGUAAAAUAUUUCUUUGCCAUCGUAAAUAAAACCAGUGAGUGACUUACUGAAUUGUUAAAUAAAUAAUGCUGUUGCAGUUUACAAAA